CAUUUUCUUGUUGUAUGCUAAUGUAAAUGUGCAUGUUUCAUUGAAAUUUUGGCUUCAGCUACUUUGGUGAGCUUCAGUUUAUUGGAGGGCUGUUAAAACACAGGAAGGAGUAUCAAAGAGGUUCCGUUGUUUAGUGACACUAAUGAUAUCCAGAUCUGAGAGCUAAACCACUGUGAUCUUCCUUAUCCAUUGCCCUGAAGGAAAAGUACUUCUCAUAAUUGCAUCCAAUACCAUCAUAAAGUAAGCAGCAGCUAACGAUGCACUGAGAAAUCAAUGAACUUCAAACUGCUUCUUCCCUUACCAUCCUGUGAAGAACUACUUACAACCUCAGGGACUGCAAGACUUUAUGAGUGACGAUAAAUCUGACUUGCCUUAAAGAAAGAACAGGAUGAUGUGUGAAGUAAUUAUUUCAGCAGCGGAAGCAAAAAGUAAAAUGAAUCAUUAAAUUAGGACCUCCUUGAAAGCUGGCAAAGAUUAAGAAAAGGAAUCUAAUUAUGUUUGUUACUGUUCCUGACCAGCAUAUAAUCUGCUUUGCAGGACUUGUCUGCAGGGUUUCCCCUUCACAUGCAGAGGAAAAAGUCAGCAAGCAACAAGCUCCAGGUGGCUCUCGAGUACUUCCCUGCCAGAAAAGCCUACGCUGCAAAACUUCUCCAAAAGGGGCACCAUAAAGGAAACUAUAUCAGUACAGAAGACAGCAAGAUUAUGUAUGUUCAGUGAGUGUUGGUGGUCAGUGGUUAUAACAAAAGGAGAAAAACUGCAACAUGUUGUUAGAGAUGAAUUUGGCAGAAAACAUAUUUUAGCCAGUGAUGAGAGCUGCUGCAGAAGGAAUUAUUUUUUUACUGGUUUCAGAUGUCCACCGCUGCUUGACCCCUGCAAUGAGUUGCCCACCACUCUAGGCACAUCCCACCUCUGUUUUGUAAUCAGUGACAUUAUUCUGUAAACGCAAACCUGCUUGCAGCCCAACAGAACACUAUUUCUGCCUGUUCAAAAGACAACCUGCCUACAUAUCCUGACAUUAACUGAAGAGUUCACAGCUGGCGUGUGUGCUGUAAAGGAAGACUAUGAUAACAGAAACCUAUUUCAUGCACAUGUACCUUUAUUUAGAUGUAACCAUUGCUUAACUCAGAACUAUUUCACAUAAUGUACUUUGGAGAAAGAGACAAUUACAAGAAAACACACUAAAUGCCAUCAGAUCAUCAAUUAAAAGGGAAAGAAAAAAAUCCAAAGUUACUACAUGAAGCUUUAAGAAGACUUGUGAAGUGAAGAGGUAACACUUUACUGGUGGUUUGUCACCCAAGUAAUGGAUAUUGAUGAAGUGGAAUCAAAUGGUAGCAGAGUCUACAGAAAAGCACUCAGACAAAAAGUCUCCUGUCAGCUCUUAACUGUUCUUAUUAUUCCAGUAUGUUUGUUUUUAUGAAACUUUUUUUACUGCAGAGAGCUUCAGUACAAUGUGGAAAUGGAUACUGACAAAUGGUGCCUUAACCUUUUCACACCUGUUCUGUUUUUUACUGCUCUCACUUGUCUACUGUUUAUCGGCUACCUGCAAUGACACACCAAGGGACAUGUUAUCAUCGGAGGUCACCAACUCUUCAUCUUUCACUGCUGGGAGGCAUGUGCGUAGUAGUUACCGACAUCUUCAGGGAGAUGUGCGGACGAGGAAGCUUUUCUCUUACACAAAGUACUUUCUCAAGAUUAAUAAGAAAGGCAAAGUCAGAGGCACAAAAAAGGAAAACUGCCCAUACAGUAUACUGGAGAUAGCAUCUGUUAAAGUCGGCGUGGUGGCAAUUAGAGGCGUACACAGUAAUCACUACUUAGCGAUGGACAAAACAGGAAACGUGUAUGGCUCAAAAACAUUUAAUGAUGACUGCAAACUGGAGGAAAGAAUUGAAGAAAAUGGAUACAACACCUAUGCCUCCCUGAAAUGGAAACACAAUGGGAAAGAAAUGUUUGUGGCAUUAACCAGAAAAGGGAAACCCAAGUCAGGGAAGACAACAAACAGAACUAACAUAACAGCUCACUUCCUUCCUAUGCCAGUUCAUUAGAACACUACUAAAGUGAAAUUGGCACUACUAGUCCUAUGCAGAAAGAGUGUUCAAGGCAUUAACUUUCCCUUAACAUUUUUGUGAAUUGGACACAACGUCAAAGAAAAAUAUCUUCAAAGCUAGUUUGUGAGAAUGGCAGAAAAAGUGCAUAAUGCGAAUUGGGAUUGAUAUUCAAAAUGGAAUACUUGUUCUUUCCUGUUAGAGAGAUAUCUGCAGUGUAAAAUGUAUAACUGUCUACAAGGAACAUUGAGCCUGUUUGGACUACACUAAUUGCCUGAAGAAAGGUAUUAUUUAUGGAAAAAUAACAGCUAUCAAAGACAAUCAUUGCUCACUCAUGUGCAAUGAUCCAGUGAGCACUGAGAUGUUCAAACAUUUAUUGGAAGCACUUGGAUAAUAUGUAGGAACAAAGGAAUAUGGAAUGACAUGGUAGAAGACCAAAUCAGAUUUAGUAACAUGAAAUUAGAUGAAUAAAGUUGCUCUUGCAAAAUGAAUAUUGUAGAAUGUAUCUGGUUUCAUUUUGUGGUAUUCUUUUUGUAAGUUAUUUACUUCUUCUGAUACUGAAUAAUAUCUAUAUUUUAUGUAUCCCCUGAAAAGUAUUUCGCAAUCUUAAGUCAUUUAGAACGUUUAAUCCCCAACCACACAUUUUCCAAUAAAAUAUAUGUUUAGUAAGAUUAGUACUGCAGAACUAUGUUGUACAUUCAUUAGCAGCACUAUUGUAAGGCUAUACAUAAAAAUUAUUUAUGUUCACCCAUUUGCAUAUUGUAUUCUACCAAUGCUCUUAUUUAGACUUAACUGCAGUAAGUAUCUGAGGAUUUUAAAUAAAGCUGCAUAUUACAUAAUUGCACAAAGUGUGAAUAAUCUAUCUACUUUGAUAACAUGUAUGUUCAUUUUGUAAGAGCAAGUAAAACACCAGAUGCAUUACAAAGCAGUCUGCAGUCUUCAUGUUAUAUUCCAUUAUGCAAACUGCAUUAAGCCUGCUUUCACGGUGACUUUAGAAGUAUCUGUUCCAAGUAGUACUACUGUAGGAUAAUAAUAAUAAUAUUAUUUUGUUCUGAAUAUGUUAUGUGAUAACUCAGUGAGGUUAUAUUGAUGAUGUUGUUUAUCUUCUCUUUUCUUGUGAAUAAGUCUGAAGUAUUUUUAUUGUUUAAGCUGUAUUUUUGGAAAACACAGAGACUUGCUGACACUGUAUGUCAGUUUUAUUGAAGUUUAACCUAUAUAUCUGCUGGUAUUUUUGGGAUCUUCUUAUAAAUUAUUUGAGUCACUAUUUAGCCAGCACUUCCAAAGUUAAUCUGUUAUUUAAUUAAUAGCUGUACAAAAUAUACUUUUUUCUUUGAAAUACAGGAUGAUACAACUCUUCUUGUUUUGUUAAAUAAAGUUUGAAUUUCUUAAAUAUUUA